AUGGGCGUCCUGCAACAGUAUGCCCAUGAUGCUGCACCUGAACUCCUUCGAGAAUCAGGUGUUUCUUUUGGAUUGCAGAAUACCCUUGAUGGCGAUCCGUUUACUGAGGCGACUACCCCAGAGAAUCGACACGCAAGCUUGCUGAGCCUUGCGCCACAUGCAGAUGAGAUACAGAGAUUCAUCCCGCUCUAUCGACAUACUAUCCAUCCAUUCGUGCCACUGCUCGUCGAUAUUGACGAAUUUGAGCUUCAUGUCUGCGAAUACCUCGAAAGCCGAGCUGCCGGAGACUUGAGGGAUGGUUCGAAGACGCUGAAUCAGUGGUUCACCGGCAAAGGCAUCAAUACCAUUGCUGUAAUUCUGGCGACCCUAUCCUGCUCUUCUUAUUUCUCCGACAUUCCCAUUACAGAGCGUUCUACAACUGCUCUGAAAUUUGUGGCUAGGGCUUUCCAGGCUUUGCGACUGGCCAACUACAUGUUGCGGCCGUCUGUCGAGGCGGUGCAGACACUCUUGCUACUGGGAAACACUCUCCAAAAUACCGGGCAAUCCGAUGGAUCGUGGAUUCUAUUAGGAACGACUAUCCGGCUUGCCCAGGCUCUUGGUCUACAUGCAGCAAAUACUAAGACUCGAGGGGCCAACUCCAGAAAGAAGGAAGCUCUAUGGUCGGUUAUUGUAUGGCAAGAUUGCUUCCUCAGUGUAUGUCACGGCCGGCCAUCGGGUAUUUCCAAAGCACAACUGAAGCGUCUCAAUUUUGCUGCUGUGACCGGUCCUAGCCUGUCCUACUUUGAAAUCAUGUGCCGCGUGGGAUGCUUGUGCGUCGAUCUUACGGAGGAUGUGCCGACUCUGAAACGCUCAGUUGAUCUCGUCGAGGCAAUCGAUAGGUGCUACUCAAACGCGCUACCUCAUCUGCAGAGCCUCGACGAAUGUCGCAAUCUGCAUCAGCGCCUCGAAUUCUUUGCCCUUCAGAUCAACAUGUCCUUCACCAUUGCCGUUGCUUGUCGACCGGCAAUGAAGAAACUACCUCCGGGAUCAGGAGAGGAUCAUUACCACCAAUUCCUCACUACACGCGCCAAACAGAGCCUUUUCACUACUUUGAAAACCUUCUUGGCCUUCCAGGCGCUAAGUUCUAUGCCGCUCCGGAACUGGUCGAUGCUCCACUCAGCACUUACAUCCAUGUUGCUGCUCUCCGUAUGGGAGGAAACAAGACAUGAUCCGCAGUCCAGAGCUCUGCAGGAGCGCCUGGUUGGUCUUCUGUUGGCCGUCAGUGAAGAAGGCUCAAGCGCGGAUACAGACAGUGAUGGCCAUCCCUCCUAUUACACCCAAUGGUUGUCUCCUCGUAGUAUUCGAACACUCAUCGCUUUGCAGAGUGCAAUACGAAAUACACCUCCUCUGACUGAUCACGUGUCUCCUACAAGGUCAGUAGAGACUCUGUUGACAACCUCCGAAGGUGCCUCGCUACAUCAGACAGGCCUACCAGUGCUUGACUCUCAGGUCCCGGAUCAGAUCACUGCUUUACUUGGCUCAAGUGUAGCAUAUGACUAUGAUCAAUUUGAUUGGUCGACAGUCGACCUUUCUCCAUUUGCUUUUAUUGAUGAAACAGUCAACAUGCCAUUUUACGAUUCGUCACAAUGUAAUGGAUUCAUAUAG